UUGCCUUCAAGUUACAGUCAACGCUGGGGAAAUUUCAGAGUGAUCUCUAUCAGUAUUUUAAUACAAGUACUGAUCCGAACCCUGAUGAGGUCUCGACCUUAACAGAGAUACAAUUACAAGGCGAGGAAAUUUUAGCUGAACUUAAUGCCAGAAUACAGUCCAUUAAAGAACAAGGCCAAGUUAAGUCCGACCCUGUUAAGAAUAGAAGUAAGCUACCGGAAUUAGAGCUUGUGUCUUUCCAUGGCAAUGUCCUAGAGUGGACCCAAUUUUGGGACCAGUUCAGUUCCAACAUUGAUCAAAGAAACUUGAGAGAUGUGGAUAAGUUUCUUUAUCUUAAGGCUUCCUUGAAGGGUGAAGCAAAAAUCAUAAUUGACGGUUUGGAAACCACAAACGAAAAUUAUAAAAUAGCCGUAGAUACACUUAAAGAAAGAUAUGGUAAUAGAAUACAGAUUAUUGACGCUCAUUACUCCUCCCUAUAUAAAGUUAAGAAAGCGAUGAAGCCUCAAGAUUGCAGGAAAACAUUAGAUGAAUUAGAAAGACACCUUAGAGUAUUGCAAUCCCUAGGAGAAGACACUAAUAAGAAUAACUUAAGGUUCCUUUUCAUGGAAAAAUUUCCUGAAGAUGUGAUUUAUGAGUUGAAACUGAAGUUGAAAACUGAAUCCACAGAAGAGAUAAGGAAACAGUUAAACGCUAUCAUAACGGCAAAGGAGGAUGUUGAUAGAAUUAAUGCAGAAGAUAAAAAUAGAGAACCUACUUUCACCACUGAAACGUUACACGUGAAAAUUAAUAAAGUUAAGGAUAAUAAUAAUAAACAUUUGAAGAAAUUCACUGGUGAAAGGAAAUUUAAAAAUAAAUAUAAUAUGAAACCUAAAGGGAAACCCAUCAAAACCGAACCGGGUACUUCAACGUUUUCUAGCGUAGACAGAAGGAAGAGACCGUAUGAAGCAAAUAACGAAUCAAGAAAUCAAUAUCCACCUAAAAAGCGAGACAGAAAAGAUUGUAUAUUUUGUCACGGUGAUCAUUUCAAUGAUAGUUGUCCGCGUUUUACAACUUUAGCUGAGAGAAGAGGCAAGUUGUCUGACCGUUGCUUCAUAUGUUUUAAAUAUGGCCAUCGACAGAACACCUGCAGAGUCAAACAUGUCUGCCAUUAUUGCAAGGCUAGAAACCAACAUAACAGAGCGUUGUGCCCUAAGAAAAGGAUAACUACAGAAAGAACCGUAUCUACCAAGACUUUCCAUGUGAGCGGAGAUGAAGCAACGAUACUCCAAACUGCUAUAGUAAAUGUCAUUGGACAGAAUGGUCAAAUUAAGAAAUGUAGAGUACUACUAGAUUCUGGAUCCCAAAGAAGCUACAUCACACAAACAGAAGCACAAAAUCUGAAUUUGGAACCUAUAGAAAAUCAUCACUUAUUUGUCUUUAUAUUUGGAUCAGAAAAACCACGAGAACUUGAUAGUCCUCUAGUAAAGUUUGCCAUUCAAACUCGAAACGAUGAACAAAAGGUGAUAUUUGCAAAUGUUGUACUUUCCAUCACUCAAGGCAUUCAUUAUCCAAAACAAAACCUAACGAAGUGGAUUCCCAAUUCAAAACACAAAUUAGCCGAUGAUGGCUCUCUUUCAGACAGAAUCGACAUUUUAAUUGGAAAUGAUUACUACCUCAGUUUUUUGUCAACAAAUAAAAUACAAUUACAAGAAAAUCUAUAUCUAGUAGACACCGAAAUAGGAUGGAUUCUAUCUGGAAAACCUGACAGUCGUCGUGACAAAGAUGAUAAUCUCUACGUACUUACCUAUUCACAAGCAUCGUGGGAAAAUAAAUUGAACGAGCCUGAUCCACCAUUAGACACAGGAAAUGUCAAAUCUCUAUGGGAACUGGAGUCGAUUGGCAUCACGGAUUCUCCAACGAUCAACCGAGAUGAAAUAGCGAUCAAACAUUUCAAUAAGAAUACAAUAUUCAAAGACAACAGAUAUUUUGUCAGCUGGCCAUGGAAUGAAUAUCCUCCUGAUCUACAAUCGAACAUAGGACAAGCACACGGCCGUUUGAUCAGCUUACUCAAGAGAAUGGACUUAGAAACCUUGCACAUGUAUGAUCAAACCUUGCAAGAACAACUUGAAUCUGGAGUUAUAGAAACUGUCAAGGAUAAAGAUAUUACUGAUCAUCCAAUUCAUUAUCUCAGUCAUCAUGGAGUGUCGGCACCUGGGAAGAAGCUAAGAAUAGUCUAUGAUGCGUCAGCAAAGACAAAGGACAGUAAGAGCCUUAACGAAUGCAUGUACUGCGGACCAAUGAUGCUAGAAGAUCUAUGCGGGUUGCUGAUAAAAUUCAGAUGUCAUAAAAUUGGAAUAACCGCUGAUGUAGAAAAGGCUUUUCUACAGAUAGGCCUGAAUGAUAAUGACAGAGAUGUCACAAGAUUUUUAUGGUUAAAAGAUGUAUCCAAACCAGCAGUGAAAGAGAAUCUCAUACAUUUAAGAUUUACACGAGUACCUUUCGGAAUUAUAUCAAGCCCAUUUUUAUUAAAUGCUACAAUCAAAAUGCACCUAUCCAGAUCCGACAAUGACAAACUAAAAAAUCUAGCCAACAAUAUAUAUGUAGAUAACGUUUUGACAGGAACAAACAGCGUCGAAGAAGCAACAAAACUGUAUAAAGACAGCAAAGACGUAUUCAAGCAAAUAUCAAUGAACCUUAGAGAGUGGAGUUCUAACUCUAAAGAAUUUAUGCAAAAUAUAACAGAUGCGACUACAGAUAAAACUGUGAAAACUCUUGGUCUGAACUGGGACUUAGAAAGGGACUCUAGCAACUGGCCAUGCCCACCCGUACGACACCUCUCCUUUUUCGAGGGGGAGGACAACGCUUUUGGAUUCCACAAGGAAGAGCACAAGUACAAAAAUAUAUCCGUAAAUGCCAGCAAUGUGUGA